AUGCGCAACGUUUUCCUCCGUGCCAAGCCAACCCGCUUCGGGUCGCUGCCCCUCUGGCUCCAUGGACGCCUGCAUCACCCAAGUAAUGUCCAUCUAGGCAUGUACUGCUGGGGUGUGGCUGACUACCAAGGUGCUGGAAGGUGCUGGCGGGCGAUCCGUCUGGACGAGGCAGUAGUCGACUGCUACCGUUACACCCACUAUUGUUCGGAGCCGGGUCAUCCAACCGUCAUCGCCGGGCCUGGCUCAGAAAUCAACUUCGCUCGGGUACGGAGUACACGGUACAUCGCCCACUCACCAGGUCAGCCGUCGGCCUCUCGUCACAGCGCGGCUCGUUGCCAUCAUCGAGUGGACGAGAGUACCAGGCGAAUGAGCCCGCCGCUCGAGUUGGGACCGCAGCAUCCCGCACCCGCCAUCUACCAUGCCUCACGGAAUGGUCCAGCCAAGUGA